AUGGACACGCUGGGCACAGUCUGGGCCGAAUACUCCGCACGCCCACGGGCGAGAUGGGCGGCGACGAACGGGCACGAGGCGGGGGCGGGUGGGCUGGCGGCGCUGGGCCUGCUGGUGCUGGCGGGAUAUUACCUGCUCGGGAGGGCCCGGGACCGGAGCCGGCUCGAGCUCUUCAUCCACGCCCGGCCGCCGCUCCUCGACCACGCCAACCAGCGCGACCUGCGCUCGGUCGUCCAGGAGCAGUGUCCCUCCUUGCUUGGCCCUCGUGCGCGCUUCUCGCCCACCCCGUGGCUGUUCAGGUUCUCGCUCUUGCUCCUCUUUUCUGGCUGCGUGGUGCUGACCAGACCUGCCUCUUCUCCAGCGGCCAUCUGCAGUCUCCGCCCGGCCGAACAGACGAUCUACUCGGCCUUUGGCGACUUCACGCGGACCGACCAGGUCGAAUACGAGCGCCGGACGAUCAGGGUGCCCGACGGGGGCCAGAUCGCACUCGACUUCACGCCGCCGGCCCGGUUCGCAGACCCCGACGACCCGACGCCGACGCUGGUGGUCCUGCACGGCCUCACGGGCGGCUCGCAUGAGUCUUACGUGCGCGCGGUCGUCGCCCCUCUCACGCAGAAACACGGCUGGCGGGCGGUGGUGGCGAACUUCCGCGGCUGUGCAGGCUCGCAACUGACGAGCCAGAAACUAUACAAUGCAGGCGCGACGGAGGAUAUCCGGCUGGUGGUCGGAUACCUCUCUGCGAGCUUGAGCCCACUGACGCGGUUCCAUGGGGUCGGAUUCUCGCUGGGCGCGAACGUGCUGGCCAAGUAUCUGGGCGAGGAAGGCGAGCGGGCCCUGCUGCGCUCCGCCGUCGUCGUCGGCAACCCCUGGGACCUCUACGCGGGGCACUGUUUCCUGGAGUCGAGCUUCUUGGGGCGGAUCUAUUCGCGGGCGUUGGCGUCGAAUCUGCGGGCGGUGAUGGUGCGCCAUCUGAAGCUGUUCCAGGGGCGGACGAGCGCGAUCGAUGUGGAUGCGCUGUUCGCGAACCCGGGCCAGUCGCUGUACGAGUUCGACUCGAUCGUCACCCGGGCGCUUGGCCGGUUCAGCUCGACGGAGGCCUACUACAAGACGCAGUCGUCGACGCUGGUGGUGGAGGCGGUGCGGGUGCCGCUGCUGGCGAUCAAUGCGCUCGACGACCCGAUCGUGACGCCGGACGCAGUGCCGGUGGAGAGCGUGCUGGAGAACCCGUACCUGGCCGUGCUGGUCUCCAAACAUGGCGGGCAUCUGGGCUGGUUCGAGGGGCUCUGGAAGCCGAGCCGGAUGAUCGGCCGGCCCAUCAUCGAGUGGCUCCGGGCCAUGGACCAGGCCAUCCAGCAGCCCUCUUCCGCCCUGCCCAGGCGCGCCGGGCAGACGGCGGAGGUCGAGGUGCUCUCCGUGGGCAAGCUCGGCCAUCCGAACGCCUCCUCCCCGGGCACCCUCCAAGGAUUAUAG